UUUCGUUUAGUUUCCUAUCGUUACUGGAGAAAUGCACGAUUUGAAGAUUUACCCCACUUUUACCGCAGUUGGUAUCAAAGAUCGGGUGGUCCUCCUAUCUAACAACGGAGAAAGGUUGCAUGAAAUUGUUAUCAGCCCAAACAUCCCAGCAGAGCCGGCCAAAUCGAAAGAUGGGCAAAAUGGAAACGAACCUCAGCAGCCGGCUCAUGUUGUAACGCUCGAGUACUGCCUAGUUUCGGAAGUGUUAGCCGUUUCAUUGAACGACAAAACGCUACAGAGUUAUCGUCUUAAAGAAAAUGAAGGAGAACUUUUGAGCGAGCCAUUAGGAGACCGCAUUCAAGCAACACGCACUAUCGUCUGCAUGAAAUUUGCUCCGAAACACGGAGUCUUGUUUGGUUGCGAUAAAAGUGACUGCUUUGAGUUUGAUCCUUACGGCAAAGCGGAAAAGCAACCGAAGUGGAUUAUGGGCCAUAUGAGUCAAAUACUGGAUAUGGCGGUCAGCGAAGAUGAACGCUACAUAAUAACAUGCGAUCGUGAUGAAAAGAUAAAAGUUACCUCAUACCCGGACUGUCACAAUAUUGUAGGAUACUGUCUGGGACACCAUGAAUAUGUGGGUGGUCUAGAACUACUCUCCCAGCAAACACUACUUUCGUUGUCUGGUGAUAAAACACUACGCUUAUGGAAUUAUACUGAGGGAAAGGAAAUUACUUGUCACAAUUUGGACGAUCCCGCAGUCGGUGUUGCACUUCAACCGUUAAAAGAUACCAGUGGAGCACUGUGCGCCGUUAGGAGCCUCGUGGCAAAUAAAAUCGAAAUUGCACACAUUCAGCUAGAUGAUUCGGAAAAGAAGUGUGUUCCAUGUGAAACAUUGUCGUUGGAUGCCGGUUUGGCUAUAGUGCAGGCGGCCCUUAAUCCAUCCCUUGAACUGGUCGUUCUUGCAAUCGAUAAAGAAAGCAAAGCCGUUAAAUUCCUGGUUUACACUUUCGAUGCAACCAAACGGUGUUUUGCCGAAUGUACCGAUCAUGUCUUGCAGAAAAAAUUGCAGAAUCAUUUCGAAGGGAGUAAAAUAGAACAGCUUAGGGAGUACUCGACGUUGUUUAAAAACACCAUUGACAAUCUGUCGGAUUAUUUCGAACGUAAAAAGCUGAAAAUCGAUGGUAAAAAAUCGAAAUAAAGAUUCAUUAAUUCUACGAA